UAAAAAGGUUGCAGGAUCCAAGCUUGGGGCUUCCUGAUCCUAGGAGUUGUAUUGAGUGUUAUUAAUUGGCCUUUAGGAAGUCUGGGCAGAAGCAUAGCAACCAUGGAGCUGCUGACCGGGACUGGCCUGUGGCCUGUGGUCAUAUUCACAGUCAUCUUCAUAUUACUGGUGGACCUGAUGCACCGAAGCAAGCGCUGGCAUUCUCGAUACCCACCUGGCCCUUUGCCAUGGCCUGUGCUGGGUAAUCUGCUCCAGGUGGACCUAGAUAACAUGCCAUACAGCCUGUACAAGCUUCAAAACCGUUAUGGUGACGUGUUCAGCCUGCAGAUGGCCUGGAAGCCUGUGGUCGUGAUCAAUGGACUGAAGGCAGUACAGGAACUGCUGGUGACCUGUGGAGAGGACACUGCUGACCGCCCUGAAAUGCCCAUCUUUCAACACCUAGGCUAUGGGCACAAAGCAAAAGGUGUGGUUCUUGCACCUUAUGGGCUUGAGUGGAGAGAGCAGAGGCGAUUCUCUGUGUCCACACUGCGCAACUUUGGCCUGGGCAAGAAAUCUCUGGAGGAGUGGGUGACAGAGGAGGCUGGUCACCUGUGUGAUGCCUUCUCCACCCAGGCUGGGAGUCCUUUCAAUCCUUACACCCUCCUCAACAAAGCUGUGUGCAAUGUGAUUGCCUCUCUCAUUUAUGCCCGUCGCUUCGAGUAUGGAGACCCCGACUUCAUCAACAUGCUAGAAGUAUUGAAAGAAAACAUGGGAGAAAAUACUGGCUUGAUCCCUGAGGUUCUGAACACAUUCCCAAUUCUCCUGCGCAUCCCAGGGUUGGCUGACAAAGUCUUCCCUGGGCAAAAGACAUUUGUGACCGUUGUGGAUAAGCUGGUGACUGAGCACAAGAGAACCUGGGACCCUGAGCAGCCACCUCGAGACCUGACUGAUGCCUUUCUGGCUGAGAUGGAGAAGGCCAAGGGGAACCCUGAGAGUAGCUUCAAUGAUUCAAAUCUACGUUUGGUUGUCCUUGACCUGUUUGGAGCUGGGAUUGUGACCACUUCAAUCACUCUUUCCUGGGCCCUGCUGCUCAUGAUCCUGCAUCCAGAGGUGCAGCGCCGAGUACAACAGGAAAUCGAUGAGGUCAUAGGGCAGGUACGGCAUCCUGAGAUGGCAGACCAGGCUCGCAUGCCCUACACCAAUGCUGUCAUCCAUGAGGUCCAACGCUUUGCAGACAUUGUCCCAAUGAACUUGCCACACAAGACUUCUCGAGACAUUGAACUGCAGGGCUUUUUUAUCCCUAAGGGGACUACCCUCAUCCCCAACCUGUCCUCCGUGCUGAAGGAUGAGACUGUCUGGGAAAAGCCCCUCCGCUUCCAUCCUGAACACUUCCUGGAUGCCCAGGGCCACUUUGUGAAGCAUGAGGCCUUCAUGCCAUUCUCAGCAGGCCGCCGAGCAUGCCUGGGGGAGCCCCUGGCCCGCAUGGAGCUCUUCCUCUUCUUCACCUGCCUCCUGCAGCGCUUUAGCUUCUCGGUGCCUGCUGGACAGCCCCGGCCCAGUGACCAUGGCAUCUUUAUGUUUCUGGUUAGCCCCUCCCCCUACCAGCUCUGUGCAGUCACACGCUAGCAGGAAACAAAUUCUAGUCCAGCCCCUAACUUAGAGUCAUAUGCAGAAUAAACCAGUUUUGUGGCUGCUGUUCCUUUUCUCAUUCUAAA